UUUUAUUGGAGGAAGGAAAUUUUUACAGGAAUAGAAGAUGAGCUACAACAACAAUGGCAGUGACAUGUGGGGCUGGAGAAAUCAGGUUUAUUCUCUUGAAGAUAACACUAGCAUAGAAGCAUCUAAGUCCCUUAUGAAUGAAGUGGAACACAAUGUAGAUCAUAUCUCUUAUAUGUUCGACAACGAGACUACCCCGGUUAAGGCCUGUGGAGACUUGCCCUACUAUGUCACCAACAAUGGGACAUCAGGGAAAGAGUCGGAGCUGUACAGGGAUCACUCGUCUCAAGUGAAAAGGCGCAGGAUGCUGCAGUUUGAGUCCGAAGUCUUGGAAACGCCCAUUUGCAACGAUGAGGAGUUUUUAAGAUCUAAGGAGACAGAACAGUCUCUUGAAGCUGCUAUUUCAGACAUGUCACAGUGGGUCGCUGGUUUCACAACCAGCAAUGAGUGCUUGGAUCCUUCAUCCGAAGGGUGGAUGGCAGACUGCUUCAAUGAUCCCGGGAUGCACCUCUGCAACGAAGAUUUCAAUAGUGCAUGUGGAGGAGCAUCCGAUGUUCAAAUUGAUGUCACGGAGCUUUGCAACACUGCUCCUACUUAUGAGGUCAAGAACACUCUUAGUAUUAGUACUCCUCGAAACGUUGUCUUCAGAGGUACAAAAUCAUACAUGCGAACGCCUCCCAAGCCAGCAUCAUCGGUGAUCUAUCCAUUCACAUUCAUCAAACCAUGUAGUCUGCUCGGACACACAACUCUCCAGGACAUAAACCAGAGGAUCCACAAUCCACCAAAGCCUAAACCAGCAGAAGACGAGUAUCCCACAUCAGCAUUCUCCGGGAAGCCUGUCGUUGGGAAGACCAAAAUCCACACCGAAGGUGGGAAGGGCAGCAUCACAAUCAUGAGGACCAAAGGGUAGGUGAUGAUGGUCAAGGAUGAUGCUCGUUUCUCACGAGGAACGAGAGUAAGCUCACACCUUGAGAUCAGUUCCCAACUGAUUUCUCAAGAUUAUACUAGAGGAUCUUAGCCUAAGUUGAGCCUCAUUUUUGCAUUGUUUCUAUAGAGGAAAGCUACUUCAGUUUUCAUCAUAUUUUUGUGAUAAACAUCAAAACCGCCAUUGAUUUUGAGGUUUUCCUUUUCUUACAGCUUUAUCAAAAUGAUAGGCAUAUAAAUGUAUAAAUCGUUAUACUUGUUGAUGCCAUUAUCAUCUUAUGCCAUUCUCCUUUUUCUGUUUCAA